GCGGUGCGGCAGCCAGAGGGGGCGCUGAGCUCAGAGCUGCCGCAGCGCUGGAGCGGGAGCCGGAGCCGGAGCGUGCGAGCUAGCAGGGCGCAAGGCGCGAUCCGUGGCUGGCGACGCACCGAAGGCCCGGGCACCGCUGCGCCCCAGCUCAGCGCCCGCGCCCCGCCUGCUGCCGACCGACCUGGGCGCCUGGCGAGGCCCCGAUUCCCCAUCCGCCCCGAGCCCACCCAAGCCCGGCCUAGCCGAGCCCCUGCGUCCGCCCGCCGCAGCCGCAGCCGCAACCACCGCUCCAUCCCCAGCCCGGGCCCAGCUUCCAGGCCGCCAGGAUGGACGUGUUCAUGAAGGGCCUGUCCAUGGCCAAGGAGGGCGUCGUGGCCGCCGCGGAGAAAACCAAGCAGGGGGUCACCGAGGCCGCGGAGAAGACCAAGGAGGGCGUCCUCUACGUCGGAAGCAAGACUCGAGAGGGAGUGGUACAAGGAGUGGCCUCAGUGGCUGAAAAAACCAAGGAGCAGGCGUCCCAUCUGGGAGGAGCCGUGUUCUCCGGGGCGGGGAACAUUGUGGCAGCCACGGGCCUGGUGAAGAAGGAGGAAUUCCCCACUGAUCUGAAGCCAGAAGAAGUGGCCCAGGAAGCUGCUGAGGAGCCGCUGAUUGAGCCCCUGAUGGAGCCAGAAGGGGAGAGUUAUGAGGAACCGCCCCAGGAGGAGUAUCAAGAGUAUGAGCCAGAGGCGUAAGGGCCCAGGACGGCCCCCCACCAGCAGCACAAUCCCUUCCCUAUCCCCUGCCCCGUCCCCAAGAACCAGGGCUGUCCUUCUACCCCUUUCCCCCAAACACGAGAUCUUCCUUUGCUCCGAGGCGCCCCCUUGGAGCCUGUGUUGGUGUCUGUCCAUCUGUCUGUCCUACCCGCCCGCGUCCAACCCUGGGGCGUGGACAGGGCCGGGGCUGCGGCCGUGGCUGGUAGCCUCGCCCCACCUAUGUUGUCCCCUCCCCACCCCAUCCCGUCCAAUGUCUGCGCUGAUGUAGCAUGUUCUAUGUAUUUUUAAACGAAGAUCAGAAAGCGACGGCUCCCCCCAACACACUCCUGACUGAGGCUCUCUGAGGGCCCCCCGGGCAGCCCCAGAGCCUCCAACCCCACUCCCACAAAGACCCCAAGAACCUUUUUUUUUUUUAGCCAAAACCAGGAGCCAGGCUGUGCCAUGCCCCCUCCCUCAGCCGGCCCAGUCCAAACGCGGGCGUCGUGUGUCGUGAUUGUGGCAUGGAGAGUCCCCCACCCCUCGUGUGAGCGUGUCCUGGGUGGGCGGGCCCGGGCGCCUCCCCGCUCCGCGUGUCCACGAAUAAAGCCAAUCUGUCUGUAGCCGCCG